AUGGAAGUGCCAGGUGAAGCCGCAGCAACCACGGCGUAUACCGGCCUCACCGUGCCUCUCAGCGUGAUGAGCGUGUUCUGGGGCUUCGUCGGUUUCCUGGUGCCCUGGUUCAUCCCUCAGGGUCCCAUCACCAUGUUGGUGACCUGUUCCGUUUGCGGCUACCUCUUUUGGCUGAUUGCAAUUCUGGCCCAACUCAACCCUCUCUUUGGACCACAGUUGAAAAAUGAAACCAUCUGGUACCUCAAGCAUCAUUGGCCUUGAGUAAGAAGACCUGCUCGCCAGGGCUCAGUCAUUGAGGUCACAAAGAGAACUCCUCUAGAUGCAAAAUCACCUCCGUACCCAGACCACCUUCCUUGCCUCGCCCACUUUGGCCGUCAGCUGCCUUAAACGUUCCCACCACAUUUGAAUAUCUUAUUCUACAAAGCAGUAUUUUUUCCUGUCGCCUUUUUUGCACUUUGAUGAAUGAUGUGCGUAUUGGAUCUAAACUGUGCUGCCUCUAUAAAAUGUUU